GUUUUACUGUAUAAAUUUACUUAAUUACUUGUUACAUGUUUGGACAUUUAAGAGUUACAUUACCUAGUUUAUGUUUAAAUAGUUGUAAUAUUAGUACAGUACACUAAAAUAUUUCAAAAGGCUUUCAUUUUCUAGGACAAAAUAUACUGUAGUGUUUGAUAAAGCAUUAAAGGAUAAACUUUUUUAUAUGCAAGGAUUUCCCCCCCAAAUCACAAAUUCACAAACUGGUCAUUACUCAAAAUCCAGAAUAUUUUUCAGUUUUUGUGAUCAAAUAAUUUACUUCACUGGCUCUCAAUCAGAACCAUCUAGAGUGUUUAAAAGAAAAAAAGAAAAGAAAAAGAAAAACAUUCCCUGGGCUCCAACCCAGACCUUUUAGAACAGAAUCUCCAGGGCAUGGCAUUAGAAGCAAAAGAAGAGUAAAGUACCCCAUACUUUUAUCUUUAUCAGUGGGCCAAAGUCCCUUUAAGAGAGAGAUGAAAGUAAAUCUAGCUGAUUGGUUACCUUAUAAACACCACAGGUGGAAUUAGCAGUGAGUGUACAGAAGCUUUAGACUUCAGGCUCACAGUUGUCUAAGAAGAGAACACUUCCAUGGAUCCACUUGUGAUUCUGGUGCUCUGUCUCUCCUGUUGGCUUCUCCUUUCUCUCUGGAAACAGAACAUUGGGAAGGGGAAGCUCCCAUCUGGCCCUCAUCCUCUCCCUUUUAUUGGAAAUAUCCUACAGGUAGAUGUGAAGAACAUCGGCAAAUCCUUAUGCAAUCUCUCAAAAACCUAUGGCCCGGUUUUCACUCUGUAUUUUGGCAUGAAGCCUGCUGUUGUGCUGCAUGGAUAUAAGGCAGUGAAGGAAGCCCUGAUUGAUCUAGGAGAAGAGUUUUCUGCAAGAGGAAGCUUCCCAUUAGCUGAAAGAAUUAGUAAAGGACAUGGAAUCCUUUUCACCAAUGGAAAGAGAUGGAAGGAGAUGCGGCGCUUCUGCCUCAUGACCCUGCGGAAUUUGGGGAUGGGGAAGAGUGACCUUGAGAGCCGAGUUCAAGAGGAAGCCUACUACCUCAUGGAAGAGUUGAGAAAAACCAAUGCCUUACCCUGUGACCCCACUUUUGUCCUGGGCUGUGCUACCUGUAAUAUGGUCUGCUCCAUUAUUUUCCAAAAUCGUUUUGAUUAUACAGAUCAGACUUUACUUGGCUUCCUGGAAAAAUUUAAUGAAAACACCAAGAUUUUGAGCUCCUCAUGGGUCCAGAUCUACAAUAGUUUCCCUGCUCUCAUUGAUUACCUCCCAGGAAGUCAUCGCAAAAUAUUUAAAAACUUUGCUUAUACACAAAAUUAUAUUUUAGAGAAAAUCAAAGAACACCAAGAAUCCUUGGACAUUAACAAUCCUCGGGAUUUCAUUGAUUACUUCUUGAUCAAAAUAAAACAGGAAAACCACAGUCAGAAGUUGGAGUUCACUACUGAAAACUUGAUAGCCACUGCAAGUGAUUUGUUUGCAGCUGGGACAGAGACCACAAGCACCACCCUAAGAUAUGCUCUCCUGCUCCUGCUGAAGCACCCGGAAGUCACAGCUAAAAUCCAGGAAGAGAUUGGCCAUGUAAUUGGCAGACACCGGAGCCCCUGCAUGCAGGACAGGAGCCGCAUGCCCUACAUGAAUGCAGUGUUGCAUGAGAUCCAGAGGUACAUUGACCUUAUCCCAGUCAACCUGCCACAUGCAGUGACCCGUGACAUUAAAUUCAGAAACUAUGUCAUCCCCAAGGGCACAAGUGUACUAAUAUCACUGACUUCUGUGCUACGUGAUGACAAAGAAUUUCCCAACCCAGAGAUAUUUGACCCUGCCCAUUUCCUGGAUGAUAGUGGCAACUUUAAGAAGAGUGACUACUUCAUGGUUUUCUCAGCAGGAAAACGGAUUUGUGUGGGAGAAAGCCUGGCCCGUAUGGAGCUGUUUUUAUUCCUGACCUCCAUUUUACAAAAUUUUACCCUGAAACCUGUGGUCGACAUAAAGGACCUUGACACCACCCCAGUUGCCAGUGGGUUUGGACAUAUCCCACCCCCCUACAAGAUUUGCUUUGUUCCUUUGUGAGGAAGGGCAGGCCAUCUAGCCACUACUGUGCUAUUGUCUAUAACUCCUCCUCCUCUUGGGUGUCACCCGCCUUCUUCUCACGACUGGGGAUCCUUUCUCUGACCUCUUGCCUCAUAUUUCCCCAUUGCCUCCACACCCACUGAACAUCCAACCUCAAUUAAAGGAGAGUUUCCAGAAUUUCA